AUCAGAUCCAGACCCUCUCCGUCUCGUCUGCUUGUUCCUUCCCAUCCAUUCUCUUUCUCCUCGAGAACUCUGAGCAAGAAAACCGACCGUUCACCGGUCCACCCACCUCAGUUCAGAAUGUCCACCAUGCGCAACGCCGUCCAACGGCGCAACCACAAGGAGCGAGGCCAACUCCAAGGCCGCGAAAAAUGGGGUAUUCUUGAGAAGCACAAGGACUACUCCCUCCGCGCCAAAGACUACAACGCCAAAAAAGCCAAGCUCAAGCGCCUCCAGGAGAAAGUCCGCGACCGCAACCCCGAUGAAUUUAACUUCGGCAUGCUCUCCAGCCACACGGCGCGGCAGGGUCGUCACGGCACGGGCGUGCGGGACUCGGCUGCGGCGCGCGGCUUGAGCCACGAUGCUAUCAAAUUGCUCAAGACGCAGGACGCGGGGUACCUCCGGACGCAGGGGGAGAGGAUCCGUCGGCAACUGGGGCGGUUGGAGGAGGAGGUGCAGGUGCAGCAGGGGAUUAAGGCGGCGCUUGGGGAGAAGGAGGAGAAGAAAGAGAGGAAGACGAAGGAGAAGAAGGGAGGUGAUGAUGAGUUUAAUGGGUUCGAUGAUGAUAUGGAUUUCGAUUUCGAUUUCGGGGAUGAGGAUGAUGAAGAAGAUGAUAUGAUCUCCGGGGGGAAGUCGAGGAAGGUGGUCUUUGCGGAAGAUCGGGAUGAACAGAAGGACUUGAAGCGGGAGCGGCUGUUACGGUUGGAAGAGGGGGAGGAUGACUCCGAAAGUGACGAGGACGAUGACUCGUUCGGUCAGCGCAAGAAACAACAGCAGAAAAAGUCGCAGAAGCAAGUCGAGGCCGAGCGUCAGGCGCUGGUCGAGGCCAGGCGCGCCCGCAAGAUGAAGAAGCGCGCCACGGAGGCCAGAGACAACAAGAUCGAGGCCCUGCAGAAGCAGUACAAGGAGAUUACGGCCGCAGCCCGCGAGCUGGACUGGCAGCGGGGCCGCAUGGACAAUGUCGUCGGAGGCACGAAUAAGAAUGGCGUCAAGUGGAAGAUCCGCGAGCGCAAGCGGUGAUUUGCCCUGCGUCUGUUGUCUGUCUCUUCAAUCGCUGCUACAUGAUUGAUGAUUUUAUAUCGCUUGCUUGUCACUGCAUGGGUUGGAACGGAAAAGUUGCCCCGUUUUUGUUCUCUUAUUCAAGUGGGUUUAUAGAUCGCCAGGCGUCCGAGAUACCAAAUGUUCUUCAUAUUGUACAUUGAUCGUCACAAGGGAAUCAUACUUUUCUGAUUGG